CAACGUCAGUAAUGACACGUAUUCAAAAUGGCGGCCGCGGCUAUGGUGAGGUGGUGGGCCUUUUUGCUGUUGUCCCUGCUGCCUAUGAGCCGGUCCUUCUAUGUUCCUGGAGUAGCUCCACGGAAUUUCCAUGAUGGCGACGUUGUAGAUAUCAAGGCGGUAAAGCUGACCAGCUCCCGUACCCAGCUUCCUUAUGAAUACUAUUCCCUGCCAUUCUGUAAACCAAAAAAGGUCUUCUACAAGGGAGAGAACCUGGGUGAGGUCUUACGUGGAGACCGUAUUGUAAACACCCUUUAUAACGUGGAGAUGAGUAAAGACAAGAAAUGUGAGCUGGUGUGUGAAAAGAGAAAGCUCAACAUAGACGAGAGUAAGCUGAUGGCUGAGCGAAUCCAGGAGGAGUAUUAUGUUCACCUUAUUGCAGAUAACCUUCCAGUUGCCACCAGGUUAGAGUAUCCAAGCAGAGAGGGAGGAGAAGAGGAGGAUCAAAAGAAGGACACGAUAAAAGAUGUCCAGUUUGAACAUGGCUACAGAUUGGGCUUCUUUGACAAAAACAAGUUUUAUCUGCACAACCACUUGUCCUUCAUCUUGUACUUCCACAAGGAGAAACUGGUGGAGGGGGACCUUCAUGACUACAGGGUGGUGCGAUUUGAGGUUAUACCCCGGAGUGUCAAAGUAGAAGAUCUGAAGCCUGCAGAGGCGCUGAAGACCUGCACCCUACCUGAACUCAGUGGCUCUGCCGCUCAAGAGAUCGACCCUACCAAGGAGAAUGAAGUCCUGUUCACCUACUCUGUACACUGGGAGGAGAGUGAAGUGAAGUGGGCGUCUCGCUGGGACACAUACCUGACCAUGAGUGAUGUCCAGAUCCACUGGUUCUCCAUUGUUAACUCUGUGGUGGUCGUCUUUUUCCUCUCAGGUAUUCUGAGUAUGAUCAUUAUCAGGACCUUGAGGAAAGACAUUGCUAACUACAACAGAGAGGAUGACAUAGAGGACACCAUGGAGGAGUCGGGCUGGAAGAAUGUCCACGGUGAUGUGUUCAGACCACCACAGUAUCCCAUGAUCCUCAGCUCUCUGCUGGGCUCAGGGAUCCAGCUGUUUUGCAUGAUCCUCAUUGUAAUCUUUGUUGCCAUGUUGGGCAUGCUGUCUCCAUCAAGUCGAGGAGCCUUGAUGACCACUGCCUGCUUCCUCUUCAUGUUUAUGGGUGUAUUUGGUGGCUACUUUGCUGGCAGACUGUAUCGCACACUGAAGGGUCAUCGAUGGAGGAAAGGAGCAUUCUGU